CAUCUCUCUGUUCUCGGGGGGAACCUUGCAGUGUCGGGGAUCCGGGGUUUGAUUGCUUCUGUCUGUCCUCUCUCGGUUCUCGGGGGGAACCUUGCAGUGUCGGGGAUCCGGGGUUUGAUUGCUUCUGUCUGCCCUCUCUCGGCAGAGUGGAAUCCGGGAUUGGAGGGUUACAGCCUCAGCAGCCGCAGGAACAUCGCCCUCCGGAAUGACGGUCCCUGCCAGUCCGUCCUUUACUCCAAAAGUGCCACCUACUUCCCGGGACAGACCCUGACCUUCAGGGUGGAGACCACCGGACAGCCGGAUAUGAGGGACAGUAUUGGAGUUUGUGUGGAGAAGAAGGACGGAUGCGAUUCGCUGCAGAGAGACAAGGCCGUGUGUGUCAGUCCGAGCGGUGCUGUGUAUGUGAAUGGGAAGGAGAUGACCAAUCAGCUGCCUCCAGUCUCCCCCGGUUCCACCAUCACAUUCGACAUGGAGGUUGUGAGUUUGGGGCCCACCAACAACAACGAGGGCCCGCACCACCGGCGCAGGGUGACUAUAAGCUCUGGAAACCGGGAAGUGGUGUUCGAUUGGCUGCUGGAGCAGUCAUGUGGCACUCUGUAUUUUGGAUGUUCCUUUGUACACCCCAGCUGGAAGGUUCUGGUGUUUUAGCCGGCUGAUGUGGGGGUCUUAUCCUGAGAAUGGUGGGAGGAGUCAUAUUUGCGCUUUUUGGGUGGAGACACUCCUGGCUGUAUUUUCUUUAUUCCGGUUGGUUUAGUCCCGGCUCUGCUGCACUGAAAGGUUUUCUAGAAUGUUCUAUGGCAUUCACUGUGAUCGGCACUUCCCACCUCCUGAAAGCACAGGGUGAGGUGUAUUUAACCCCCGGGGGUCAUAGAUCCGGACUGCCCCCAGCUGUGGUAAUCCCGAGGUAACUGUGAAUUAACCCCUUUAAUGCUUUUCUCAAACACUCCAUGGCCCCGCCCCCAUUCUGAUCUCCCCAGUCAUGGUGAUUGGCUGGAAAGCAGUAGAGCCCAGUGAUUUGGCCUAUAAACCAGGAGCACAGUGGGCGGAGAGAAUGCAAAAUACCCCCCCCAGGGGCUCUUCCAUGUCCAAAUACACAAAAUACCCCCCCCAGGGGCUCUUCCAUGUCCAAAUACACAAAAUACCCCCUCAGGGGCUCUUCCAUGUCCAAAUACACAAAAUACCCCCCCAGGGGCCCUUCCAUGUCCAAAUACACAAAAUACCCCCUCAGGGGCUCUUCCAUGUCCAAAUACACAAAAUACCCCCCCCAGGGGCUCUUCCAUGUCCAAAUACCC